AUGAGAAACGUUCCUAUCGGCGAUGCACUUGAUUCACGUGUUAUGGCCCAAGCCGGUCUACCAGCGGCAUUGGAUGACAAGUGUUUGAACAAAACCGGAAUGCGGAGACGUUCGAGACCGGACCUGAUUACUGCGCUCUCUGCCAUGGACGGAAAGGUUUCGACAAACAGAAGUGGCAGGCAUGGUUCUAGUCAGAUGCGGCAGGUCCAAGAGAAGAAAGUACGUGAUCGGGAUACCGAAAAGCGCCGACGCAACAGUCAAAAUGAAGCGUCUACUGCAACCAAUUCAUCGACGCGUAGCAACCAGAUCGACGAGCUAAAAGCGAUCAUUGCCACACAGAAUCAGAAAAACUCAGUCCUACAAUCUCAGUUCGCCGCCUUGAGAUCGUCGCACGAAGCACAAGUUGCAAGCCUCGUGGACGCACACUCUGCGGAGGUUGCAUCUCUGAAAGAUCACAUUCGGUUGCUUCAAGAGCAGAACAGCAAGCACGGCCUGCACCAGGCGUCGAGGAAUAAUACUUCGUUUGUCUCGGAUAGCGCUGAGCCGCCACACACGUCGAUUCGCGAAACCCCGCCGAUUACGAAAGACCCCGACUUUGAGAGCUUGAAGCGGAAGCUCAGCGCCACACGUCGGCCAGAAACGACAACUCGGAACCUGCUCCCAGAGCUCAAUCAGUACAGACAAAACAAUGUCGCUCUCCAACAGCAGAUCGAAUCAUUGAUGGCGAAGUUGAACGAAUCGAAGAAAAGCGAGAGAGAGCUUCGUUCAACACUAGGACUGACCGAGAUGAGAUGUGCUGAGUUCGAGGACAAGGCAGCGCACGCUGACAAGCUUGCCAAAUCCACGCAGGCUCUGCAAAACACUAUUGAUCAUCUCGAGAGCCGUCUCGAGAUCGCCAACACUGAGCGACUGGACGCGGAAGAGCAACUUUCGAAUUUAGUGAAUGGGAAAUCACCCUUCGACCUCAUCUCAAAAGGACCACCUAGCACGAGCCACCCAACUUCCGAUGGACGUAUGAGUAUGAGUACGGUCUUCUCGAGUGCUUCGCCGAUCAGUUCAGAGCUUGACUCGCAAGAGAACGCAACGCUAGCUUCUUUUGUUGCGCACAUUGAGCGUCUGCAAGACCAGGUCAGGGAGAAAGAUCAUCGCAUUGCGAAACUGGAGAAAGAGCGAGAACAGCUACGACGGGCACACAGCGAGCUAGAACAGGAGCACAAGACAACUGCCAGUCGUUCAGGCACACACCACCCAGACACGCAUAUGGAAAGACUUCGAGCCGCAAUCCUGAAUCGCGAAUCCGUAAUUGAGGAGAAGGACAGGGUCAUUUGUACAGUGGAAAGGCAGCUGGAGCAUCACAAACUCUUGUUGCAGGCUGAAAUCAGACGGCAUGCGGCAAUGAAGCUUCACAUGGCUGGGGAAGGGGAAGACAGCUGGCCGGAGCUUGCCUCCAUUGCAAGACGGGAAGACAUCGAUAGGUGGAUGGAUAGGCUCCACGAGCGCUUGAGGAGGGAGCAAUCUAAACAGAAGGGAAAGGCUCUUGCCGAUACUCCGGAUGUGCAGAUGGAGAGCUUGCGACAGGAGAUCGACUUCUACGUUAGGGAAAUCAUUCUCUUCAAGCUCGACAUCAAAGGUUACAAGAGCGACAUUCGAAAGCUGAAGAAGAUCACUGCGCAAAUGGAAGCUUACGGCCGGACGAGCGAUCUGGAAUCUGAAGCAUGUUCUCCCAGGCCAACAGCUACACCUAUCCCCUCAUAUUUCCCGCCAAUCACACCAGAGCUCGAUGGCGCCAGUGUUAUCUCGCCUGCUAUAGACGAAGGUCAUAUUGUGACUGCCCUGGGAGGAUCCCCGGUUGCUAUCUCCCCAUUGGCUCCCUCGCGCGAUCGGGACCGCGUCCUCAUGGCACCAAGAAACUCACGCGAACUCGACAUACCAGCAACAUUAUAUGAGGUGGCGCAUAAGGAUGACUACGCAACCGGAGCUGAUCUCAUGAGUGCGGGGGCCUCUUCAAACUUGGUCUUACCGCGGACAGCUACGGUAUGUGCGCGCUGA